UGGUAAGAAAUAAUGGUUCUUUCCAGGCAGCUUUCAACAGGACACCAUGGCUGGGCCUCUGAGAUGCCUCUGGCAGUUGCCUCCCCUGCUGCGUUACUCCACUUUGGGGACUGCAAGGCCAUCCCUGCAGGCCCCUCUGAGGGGCCUUUUGCUGCAUGGCUGCCUGGAUAACUGGGCCCACACUCAGAUGAUGCAGGCCAGGCACCUCGCUACCAAGAAAGCCAAAGCUAAAGGGAAAGGCCAGACUCGUGUGAACAUCAACAGUUCUCUUGUUGAGGAGAUCAUUGGCUUGGAAGAGGUGAAUGAGAAAAUGCGUUCUGUGGUCAAAACCCUGCAGGAGGAUUUCAGCAAAAACUUGAGCAUCCGCACCUCGCCAGGGGCUCUGGACCACAUCACUGUUGCAACCAAGGAUGGGAAGUUUCCAUUAAGCCAGCUUGGGCAGAUCUCCCUGAAAUCCCCGCAGCUCAUCCUUGUCAACAUGAGCAGCUUCCCAGAGAGCGCAGCUGCAGCUAUCAAGGCGAUACGAGAGAGCGGCAUGAACCUGAACCCGGAAGCGGAUGGCCUGAUCAUUCGCGUGCCAGUUCCCAUGGUCACCCGCGAGCACAGAGAGAACCUGGUCACUGUGGCAAAGCAGCUGACAAACAGAGCGAAGGAAUCCCUGCGGAGCGUUCGCGCCAAGGCCAUCAGCCAGACCAGGAAGGCCAAAAGCUCCGUGUCAGAGGAUACCAUCCGGUUGAUAGAGAAACAGAUCCAGCAAAUGUCAGAAGACACAGUAGCCGAAAUGGAGAAGCUGUUGGCAGCAAAGACAAAAGAGCUGCUUGGUUAGCCCGCUUAUGGGAGAUUUCAAGCCGUCUGUCACCAUGAGGAGUUUUCCAUCCGUCACUGUAUUCUCUCAGCCUCCUGUGUGGCUGCAGCAUUUUGGCUUCCAUCAUGUGCAAGGCUCUUUGGGUGGAGGCUGGGCAUG